CUGAGCCUAAGGAUACAAGCUGAGCCACCAAACUCUCCCAGCGCCUGCAGAAGGGAGGACACACACAUUUCUUUACGUCAUCCUCACAGGCUGGAGCCAGAUCCCACAGGCAUUACCUCCCAGAUUCUGGAACUGCUGACUCCUGCUUUAAAACUCGGCUCCCUGCUGGGCUCUUGUCCGUCCCUGCCUGCCUGGCUGUGCUGAGCAUGAAGAUCCCCGUGUGGUGCCUGGUGGUUCUGCUGGGAUGCCUCUUCGCCCCUGCACGCUGUGACUGCCAGGGGGAAUGUGUGGCCUGUGGGCUGCUGUUACAGAAGCAGCAGCUGGAGGAAGCCUUCGAUACCAUAGUGUGUCUGCUGGAGUGUGAGGGUCACGUCUCCACUUCACUAACAUGGGAAGUGUGCAAACGUGCUGUAAAGCUGUCCCACCAUCCUACGCUGGCUGAGGGGGGCACCCUGUUCAAGAGAGGAGGACAGCAGCUGGACCUGGCCCCUCUGGACCUGAAUGCUGGCACUGAGGUGCUGCAGUCUGCAGCUGCUGAGCAGCUCCAGGAGGAAGAUCAGGAUGAGACACCCUGGGAUCAGCGCAGCGUCCAGUAUGACUCAUCACUGCUGGGGUCCUCAGAGGAGGGGGAGAGCCUGCAGGGGCUCAGCCUGACAGAUGAAGAGGUGAACCAGAGGGAGGAGAGGGGCUCUGAGAGCGACGGUCAGCUAGGAGGGGAGCAGGAUGACAGCUCUGAGGGGGUCACCUUAUCCAAGCGCUUUGGUGGCUUCCAGAGGGGGCGCCACGGAUACAGGAAGCUGAUUGGCUCCCCCAUGAGAGCCCUACAAAAGCGCUACGGCGGCUUCAUCGGCGUCCGGAAAUCUGCCCGCAAAUGGAACAGUCAGAAGCGGGUGAACCAGCUGCUCAGGCAGUACCUGGGCAUGAGGAGCAACCGCAGCGGCCGGCUCCCCAUGAACCGGGUCUGGAGGCAAAACAGACUGUGAAGCGUUUCUGUUGCCCCGGUUACCUCAGCACACCCACCUUUCAGUUCUCAGCAGGUCCCUGGGUUUGAACUGUGACGUCAGCAUCGUGGUCAGAACCACAGACUCUCAUCCCUCCACGCGCCUCUCUUUGUGUCCCUAAGUAACAGCGAAUGUUUUGAUGUCCCUCCUAUUUAACACAUCUACAUGCCAUUCUGUGAAAUAAAAGAAUUAGAGAAGUGCAAUUGAAUAUAUUUUUGUGUGUCGAUAUAAUAAAAUG